GGAACAGGUCUUCAGAGAUGCAAUCGAAAGCGUCGAAACAUAAACAGCCUAACGCUCGACCGGAGAGCACGAGACGAGCGCACAAAAUGAACAUAAUGGGCUUGCUCUUAAUAUUGCUGCUGGCGCUGGACGCUGUGCCGGCAGUGGAUGUUAAUUUGACCACUUGGCGCCAGCAUCGCAGGCAGAAGCGUUUUCUGAUCUACGAGGAUGGUGGCAUUAUAAAGCUGGUAGCCGGCAUCGCAUUUCCUGUGAACUUGGACGAAAAGCACGCCUGGCGUCAGCUGAUCUGCCUGAUGAACUUUCACUAUCAAUUCCCAGAGCCAACUUCUCCCGUCUACUGGUGGAAGCUGUGGGGACAUCGCGAAGGUCGCAGAGAUCACAGGGAUCUUAAGGGUCCCCUUAAAUUAACCAAAGAGCAGCAGCGCCAGCAAAGUGCCUCGCAGCCCCCACAAGUGGAUGCAGCACAACAGUUUAUAUACGAGCUCGCCUUAAAGUACAUGAAUCAACGCGGCCAAGAUGGCAAAGCCUGCCUGCAGCGUUUGAUUUGCGAGAAUGGACAGGUGCACGAGCACAAUGGGCUCUAUGCGCAGCUGCUGCACCGCUUGCUCAUACCCCACAGAUCUCUGCCCAACCAUUAUCUGGAUGCCUACAGCAUGGGCAGGCACGGCGUCAACUGUCGCCAGGCGUUUCCCACAGCUGUGCACUGCGUGUUGGAUGAUUAUGUGCAUGUCCAUGAGCGUGGCCUGACGCAGAGCUAUGUCUAGGGUAGUAAUUCGGAGCCCUGUC